AUGAACUUCAACGCUUCAGCUAUCGUGGCCCUUGCUCUUUCCAUGGGUGCUUUCCUUGCUAUUGCGAGCCCCUUACCUCACUGGGCACCAGCAGAACACGAAUGCAACGGUUUGCUCAACUGCAACAACGUGAAGGUACUCUCUGGGCAAGGCCAAUUGGGCGUUGUCGCCCCGCUUACCGCUGGGGUUCUCCCGAUCAUCGGCGUCGGAGCUUAG